ACCUCCUGAGUCCCGGUUCACGAUCAGCAUCAUGAAGUUCUUCACUACACUCCUCGCUCUACCAUCGCUCGCCUUGUGCGCUCCGGCCAUAUCCCCAGAGGACGACUUUUCGAGCGUGCAGAUUGUCGGAGGAAUGCCAGCAGCCGCUGGAGACUUCCCAUCGAUCAUUGCUUUCUAUUAUGAAGGCCUGUUCAACUGUGGCGGCUCUCUGCUGAACGCUAAUACUGUUCUCACCGCUGCACACUGCGUCGUUAACCGGGUCGCUUCAGGCAUGACUAUCCGCGUUGGAUCGCUGAGUAAGGAAACAGGGGGAAUAGUAGCCAAUGUUUCUUCGUUCAAGAUGCAUCCUGGCUACGUGACAGCAACGCAAGAUAACGAUGUUGCUAUUCUGAAGCUUUCGACGGACAUCGCGCAGAGCGCCAGUAUUAGCUACGCAAAGCUUGCACCUACGAACUUCGAUCCUACUCCAGGUGCUCUGCUCACUGUCGCUGGCUGGGGACUCACCAAGCCUUCUGGUGACUUUUCUCCGGUACUACUGAAAGUGGACGUCCCAGUAGUAUCGCGAGCGCAGUGCCAGACUAGUUACAGAGGCCAAUUGGUUUCCGAGAACAUGAUUUGUGCUGGAUUUGCACAGGGUGGAAAGGAUUCAUGCAGCAGUGAUAGCGGUGGACCGCUUGUGGAUUCCUCUAAGACUGUAAUCGGGGUCGUCUCUUGGGGGCAGGGGUGCGCUGAGGCAGGAUUUCCUGGUGUCUAUGCGCGUGUUGGAACAGUGCUCGAUUUCAUCAACAGUUCCCUAUAA